AUGCCUUCGAGCAAGCAGGGCCGCUCUGGGAAAAAGAGGACCAAGCCCCGCCAGCUUGUUCGCUGGGAUUCUGACCAUGACAUUAUGCUCCUAUUGACGAUCCAACAACAAUGCAAUUCGCAGGGCAUCAAGCUUCCGUGGGCCGAUAUUGCGUCAACUAUGGGAGAAAAGUUUAGCGAGGGAGCCAUUGUGCAGCACCUAUCCAAGGUUCGAUCUCGGCGCGAAAAUGAAGGAAAGCGUGUGCCUCCUCCUCUUCGCCGCUCCGCUGGUGGCUCCAGUGGAGCUGGUGCAAGUGCUACUAUCCAAGCAGCCUCCUCCCGCAAAGAUACCCGACGCAAGCCUGGGUCUGGAAGGGCCAAGAAGCGCAAGGCAUUGACUGACAGCGAGGAUGACGACGGCGAGACUAUUUCCAGUACAGAUAAAAGCGAUGGCGAGGAUCCUUCAUACGGCUCGCGCAAGAAACAGAAACACAAGAAGAAGCCUAACAAGGCAUUCACUGGCACAAAAGGCCGACACAGCUCUGUGAAACAUGGUAGGGCCGACACUGAAGGCUCCUCUGAUGGGGAUGAGGGAGAAGUCGAGGAGACUUCAGAGGCCGAAUCUUCGGAUGACGAGGACGACAAAGAUAAUGAACCGCGAAAGCGAAGCAAGAUCGUUCGCCUUCCAGUUUCCCCCACCGCGCUUGACCGUCUAGAACAGACUGGGAUGGUUCAGGAGCAGGACUCCAGCGAUACAAUUUUUCGAUCCUCCCCCGCUCCCCACUGGCCUCUGAAUUCACCCUCUCAGCAUUUUGCCGCCACCUACCCGCCACCGUUCCAUUCCCCCCCGCCCGGCGCCUUUGGCUACGUCGAUCCAAGCAUGCUGGGUUCCCAGGGCAUUCAUUCAGGACCUACUCCGUGGCCUGUUGGGUCAAACUACCCGUUGCCAUACCCCGCUCCGCCAAUGCCCCAGGGUGGUCAUGACUGGGAUAUCGACCAGCCUCAGGACCCGCUUUGGGAUUCUCCCAAGUCCGAGGUAGAUGAGGCGUAG